UUAUUAACAGUUGGGGUUACAUGAAACUAACUACCUUACCUUGCUCUAUGCCUUUGCGCAGGUGGAUCCGAAUGCGUAUAAUGCAAGGAUUGUAACACAAGUCAUUGCAUACUAUAUCUUUUUCUUCUUUGUAAGUUGCCUAAUAUUCGGUGAUGCGUAGGACAAUUAACAUGACUUCGCGAAGAAUGUGGAUACCUCUUGCUUUACUGAUCAUACUUGGAUUUGCUAUAUUGGAAUUACAACUCUUAAAAGUAAAAAGCAAUGGGAUUUAUUCUUCAAAAACCGUUGUACGAGAUUUCGCAAAAACUAGUGAAGAGGAAAAACACACAUUUAUGGACGAUAGCUCGACUGUUGUGUUAUACAAUCGAGUUCCGAAAACUGGAAGCACGACUUUUACGAAUUUUGUUUAUGACUCUUGUAAAAGGAAUGGGAUUUAUGUUCUGCAUAUAAACACUACUAAAAACAGUCAUAUAAUGUCCGUACAGGACCAAUAUAAACUUAUUCAAAAUAUAACGGAUUGGAGGGAGUACAGGCCAGUGUUUUUUCAUGGGCAUAUGGCCUAUCUUGAUUUUAAACGAUUUGGCAGUCCGGUGACACCCAUUUAUAUCAACAUAAUUAGGGACCCUUUGGAUAGACUUGUAUCGUAUUAUUACUUUUUACGGUAUGGUGACGAUUACCGUAAAGGACUUAAAAGAGCAAGACAGGGUGAUGAUACUACUUUUGACGAGUGUGUGAAAAAGGGACGCCGAAAUAGCGAUUGUUCAGUUGAAAAAUUAUGGCUUCAAAUCCCGUUUUUUUGCGGGCAGUCUGCAGAUUGUUGGGAAGUUGGAAAUGAAUGGGCAUUACAAGAAGCUAAAAGGAAUCUAGCGAAUAAUUAUUUGCUUGUCGGCUUAACUGAAAACAUGGAAGAUUUCGUCGUAGUAUUGGAAGCAGUUCUGCCCCGAAUGUUCAAGGGGAUGACAAACAAUUUUAGAGAGGGGUCCAAAUCCCAUAUCAGGAACACAUUACAUAAAGUACCCCCUAACGAGGAAACUUUGAACAAAUUUCACAGUUCUAAAAUUUGGAAAAUGGAAAUGGAAUUGUAUAACUUUGCUAAGAAUCACUUUGAAUUCAUUAAAAAACAGUCAACCGUUCUAAGCAAAAAUGUACUGAAAGCUGCCCCAAAGAGAUUCCGAUAUGAGAAAAUAUACGGACCGGAAGGCAUGAUAUCGAACUAAAACCAAAUUUAAAGGCUUUCUCCCUUAAGGUAGAAACUUGAAAAAUUUUACAACAUCAGAAAAACAAUUUUUGAGUUUUAUAACUUCUGUAGCAUUUUAUUGAAAUACUUUGGUGAACAUUGCUUCAAACCAGCUCGAAGAGCACCUAUUUUUUUGUAAUAUUUUCAAAUGAAACUUUUUUUAGAAAUUUCAAUGUUCGCCUUUUUGUCUUGAAACCUUAGAAGUAUUAUCAGAAUAAGAAUGCGACUCUCAUCAAAUGAUGGUUUCAAAAUAUUUAUGAGCUAUUUUAAAGACUCUAAACUACACCCUAGUCCAAGGUUGUGGGCUCCGCGGGUCACAAAAUUAUUUUUGCAUUGGUCGCGGGCCACAAUAGUACCAAGAAUAGGUAAACAGUGCAACACAAAACAAGCACUUCUAUUGUGUAAACACAUAGUUAUCAGGCAUUGCCAACCUAGGCUAAUGGAAUCCGCAUUCGAUGUUUAGUUUUCUAUCAUGCCUAUAUUGUUAGCAUAUAUUCCCGACUAAAACGAUAGAAAUCCAUGUAACAAUUUAGAUUGCCCAUCACAUCUUAAACUUCGCUAGUUGCUUCAGCUAGCCAUCAUACUAGUCAAUUCAGUCACAGUAGUGAUAUAACAACAAUAUGCCAAACGAUUUUUCUGAUUUAUUUUACGAAAAGCAAUUUAAAAUAUGAUAUUUUGAUUACUCUCCGAAUGCGACGCAGUCCACUGGGUUUGGACCACCCUGCUCUAAACCAAGAGUGUGCAACGUGUUUUGCCUGUCUGUUAUAUAAUUUCAGACAUCUAGCUUGCCCAAACGAAAAAAAAUUUUCCCAUGUAGCCCACGAAUUAGUGACAACCAGAGCGCCGCGGGAAAGGACAAUGCCCUAAAAUAUAGCCAAUUUAAAUUAUUGUAAAUUAUAAUUUUGCUUUGCGUAUACACACAUUACCGGUACUCGGUACUAUUAUGUUUACUGAAGCUGUGGUUCAAUUUAUUAUUACUUAUCAAUCUUUAGAUCGGUAAGUAUGUUGAUAGGUAUUUGUCUGUUUGUCUGUCUGUUAAAUGCACGUGAUAUUUCACGAAGGCGUUGUUGAAUCUGCUCCAAAU